GGACGGUCUUUUAAUCAGUCAUUUCCGUCCCCUCCAUAACUGCGACUUAUUGAAGUAUGUGUACGAAGCAAAUUAUGGAGUAGUUAUUGCCACUGGAACAAUUCGAAACUCUUCGCGCGGACGUGCGAGCUUGUAGCCAUGAUGAUCCCAAGGAAACAAAAAUGGACCCCUCUUGUAUUGCUAAUAAACUAUGGACUUGUUAUAUCAAAAAUCUCUGUUGGGGACCACUACUCCUCUCUGGAGUACUGGUCUCGUUUCUCCACUUUACAAUGUCACUACUGAUUCUUCGGUCAAAUCUGGGUGCUCAGAUGUAUUGGGCAGUUGUGAAAGUCCUGACAGUUGUUCAGAUUUCUUAUCUGACAUAUCAACAAGCCGAAGCCCGGAUUCUGGGAGAGAUUGUGACUCAUUCCUUUCUGAUUUUGUGCCAGAGGACGUUCUCGAUUUCGUUGCUGACUACUCGACGCGUCGUCCAGAGGCUGAUUCUGAGUUGCUGUAUGAUGGCUGCACUGAUGCAAACGCGAUUCCUUACUUACCACAACCUACUGACUUCCACAUGCCUCAGUUACUCGGAGAAUCUCUCAACACUGGUUGUUUAAAGUCAAAUUCAUACACAAGUGAUCUUAUCUUGUCAAAUGUUAGACGAAAUGUUCAUUCGAAACGACGUCGUGAGAUUAAUCGUGAGGCGUCAAAACGUUAUCGACAAAGGUUGAAGCAAAAGUCAUUGCAAACGCAACAAGAUCUUAGCCUUGUUAUUUCCGCAUAUGAGCAGUCCAAAUCAGCUUACGAGAAAGCUGAGCAUGCUUUUGAUGUGUUAAAGAAUAUUGUUCUUGAUCUGAUUAAUAUUGUUCCUCGGAAUUGAACCGCUUACUCCACUUUGUCCUCCCAGAAAGCCUGUACUGUCCAAUAUAUUUCUGAGCACUGGUAUGGUAUCUUUUCUGACUAAAUAUGUACUGUCCUGAUUGCUGUGUUAUGUUCGGUGGAGACAUGUCUGUGUUCACUCUUUGAAUGCGUAAUUCUCAGAUAUUACCAGGGUUAUUUAACUACCACAACAAGUGCUUCUUGUGUUUUUGAGUCUUAGAAUAUUAAAACAAUGUACAAGUGUGUCUGGCGAAGUGUCAUUGUCACUUGCUUCGGCUUCAGGUUUCGAAUAUUCAAAAACCAAUAUUUUUAUAACAUGCGGAAGCACUAAAAUACCAAGAAAUGAGAAAACUAGACAAACUAAGACUAAAUAGUCGAAGUUAAUACCAGGUAGUAGGUACAUUCAGUUUUAACUGCAUAGUUAAUUACACUCAUCAGUAAAAAUAUGCCCUCUGAAGCCGACCGUAAGCAAUAAGUAGAUAAGAAUACACAAUUACACUAAAGCAAAGUUUCGUAAUUAAACAAUGGGUGCAUGCGUUUACUUCAUGUCACGGUUAAUCCUGUUGAAAUAUUGGAUGUACGUUUCCGUACUAGGAGACCGGACAUAGAAGUUCGCCCAGUUAGUUUCUUCGGGAGUCAAAAACAGUGGGGCGUUAAGUAUGUCAAUUAUUUACCCUUGUCGUUGUCUUACUUAUUUUGGUUACUUAACCAUUAACAUUCAUCGAAUUGAAUUACUCCCUUUAUAGAUUAAUUGUACUGUCAGGUACAGAAACCUGACUACUGUUGCACAUUCUAGCAAGCUCCGUAAUGCUUGAAAAUGUAAAUAUUAUUUUAGACAUUUAGUUGAGGUAUGCAGUCAGCCAGUCUUUCUUAAAAGGCAGACGAUGUCGACUGAUUUCGUAUAGCUUCUCAAGACAGAGAGGUUACUCAAAAAUGUUGCACUGAGGAAGAGGAACACGAUAAAGAAACAGGAAAUUACAUAUAAAAAAUUAAUAAGACCAAGUCAGAAAUAACAAACACAAAUCAGCAACCCCCAAAAAAGAAGACAGAAUAAUAAUGAUAUACAGGAGGUUAUUAUACAAAUAUAAACAAACUAGAAUUAUACAGAUGUGAAGAACUCCAAAAGAAUACUAAUGGGUGCGUGAAAUGAAGAUACUACAUACUCGAUACCUACUGUAGGUUGUGAGACAUCGAUAUAUUUAUUCGAAUGAAAAUGUAAAGGGAGACGUUGUAACGAAGUCCCAUGACCUUUGUUGGAAUUAGAUAGUGAGUCUUAAAAUUACAGUAUAAAACAUCAAACAACCGAAAUCCUGUAAGUUGUAGUGACAAAUAAGUUCACUCCUGAAUCAUCACUUCACUUUUAGAGAGUGCAAAACAAACUAGAAGAGGAACCUUGUUCUCUCACGAAACAAAGGGGUAGUAUGAAGUACUUACUGGAUAGUUUGCAAUUACCACACUGAUACCGCCCUAAUGAAAAGAAGAUUAAACAACUACAAACUAAAGAGUUGCCGGUGUGAGGAAUACAAUGGAUAUCUCACUUAAAGCACAGCGCAUCUUUGGAAGCUAUAUGGAUUCGGUGAAUAGAUUCUAGUAAAUAAAUGGAAAGUCUCAAAAUAGUUCACACGACAGACAUACUCCGAAAAUCACUUCCCAAUGAUGUAUUCGAUUAAUCUACUAUAUGUCUGUCAAUGCUUCUAGGCCAUAACGUGCCACUAUCCGAAGUUCCAGAUCAAAUCAAACGCAAAUUUACUUCACGUUGAAGACUAUUUUACAAAUCUAUAUUGUCAGAUGAUCCGAUGCACAUCUGACUGCUGUUUGAAUUAUGUCGGAAAUCGCACGAAUUAUUGUUUUAUGUACUUUGCAAAUAAUGUCAUAGGUUUAUUUAGGACGAUAUAUUAGAAUUGGAUUAUUCGGAAUAAUCGAUAUUUUUCAUGGGAUAUGAAUAUUUUGUGAUGAAUAAAUAGAGAAAAAUUACAGAAAGAUUAUCCCUCAUAAGCAAGAGAAUCCUAGAUCAAUUAUCGCCUUAAAUAUACUAGGUCAACGUUCAGGUUCCAUGAUCCAUUCGCUACUUCAAUUAUUUGUUUAAUAACAAUGACUGUUAUUGAAACGUCACGGUUACUCAUGUCUUCUUUCCAAAUAAUCCACCAUAAGCACCCAGUAUUGUGAAGGUUUUGGAGAAUUCCCCAAAAUCAGUGGUUAUUUGGAUGGAAAACUGAAUUCUCCCCAACCUCACUUGUAGUUUUGGGAAGGUAUCACUAGUUCCACAGAGGCUAAGGUUUCUGUUGGAGCAAACAUUUUGCGAACAGAGUAGGCAAAACAAUAAUUCGUGCGAUU